AUGGCUGGCAACUGUCGUCGAGUUAGUUUCUCUCAAGGUGAUUAUCCGCCUCGAAAUCGAAACUCUUAUGCAUUUCAACCAAAACGAGCAUCGUUGAAUCCGAACAUAAUGGAAGAUACGUCUUCUGAAACGAUCAAAUCAGACGUACAAGAUAUCGAUACGACCGACUAUUUAGAACAUUCAGUAAUGGGCGCAUCACCGAAAUCAAUAGAGUCGCAAAAACAAUCUUCCAAUUCGAAAUUAUCAAUUCAAUCAAUACUGAAAACUCGAACAGCUUUCAAAAGAAAUAAGAGUUUGCUUCGUACGAAUGAAACGAACACUUCUGAAACGAAAAACCUAAGUUCACAUGGAAUAUUUCUCGUACCUAUCGAAAUUUUCGAAAUUGUUCAUCUUCGUCGAUUGAUUCUGUCACACAAUCAUCUGUCUUGCGUGCCACGCGAGAUUUGUUCAUUGGUCCAUCUUAACUAUUUGGAUAUAUCUUACAAUCCAUUAGUUCUCGAAGACAUUCUCAAUGACGAACCAUGCUUUCCACAUGAAUUCCAUCAUUUAACAAAUCUUCAGACAUUGAUAGUAGCCGAUUGUAAUUUAAGGGAUAUUCCAGCUGUUAUCUGGUCUACGACUAGUUUGAUUAAACUUGAUUUGAGUGGUAAUAAAGUAGGAUAUAUAAGUGGCGAGAUCGGUAAUUUGGUAAACUUGCAAUAUCUUCGCUUGUGUCGAAUGGGUCUCGUUACACUUCCAGCAGAAAUUGCCUUCUGUGAUCAAAUCAAAAUGAUCGAUAUACUUGAGAAUCCCAUCGAUAAUCUACCCGAAACUUUAACGGAAUGCCGUCAACUAUCCCAGUUAAAACUUAACUACAAACAAUUCUCUAAAACACUCGAUGACUACAUCAUUCUAUUGAUCGACCAAGGCAAAGUUCAAUCGCAGCAUAUUCCAUCAAUCAUAUUCGAACUCGAAGGUUUAGCCGUCUUAGAUUUAGAAGAGACAAAGAUCAAUUCCAUACCUGCUGAACAAACUCUCUUCAAUCUAACCGAAUUAUUUCUAUCCAAUAACUCUUUUCAUGAAAUACCACAAUCUGUAUGCAUGAUAUCACAAUUGAAAGUACUCGAUAUAUCAAUGAAUCAUAUCCGUACGAUAUCAAAACAUUUACUCGGACUAACUCGAUUAGAACAACUGAAUCUAUCGAAGAACAGAUUAACUUCACUUUCCGAACUGUUUGCCGGUUUGCCCAUGCUGAAAAAGCUAAUCGUUAGUCACAAUCAAAUCUAUACAAUCGAAGAGAAAUUUUCACAAAGUCGAUCACUGCUAUUAUUAGAUCUAUCUUACAAUCAUCUACAUUACUUUGCAAAUGAAUUCUGCGAACUUAUCCAAUUACAAAUGCUUGACAUACGAUAUAACCAACUUGGAUCUCUUCCGUUGUCUAUUCGACGAAUGACUGGACUUAAAUCAAUGAAUUCUUUCAACGAUGUCUCUCAGCGAACUGGACUUCAUUUAGUAGGUAACUCAAUAAACAAUCCACCGAGCUUCAUCUGGAAGUCGACAGAUAUAGAGGCGUUGUUCGUUUAUAUGGACAUGGAAGAGAAGCGCUUGUCAAGAAGUUUCUAUCAUCUGAAAUUGAUUUUUAUCGGACCGAAAGGUGUUGGGAAGACAACAUUUGUCACGGAACUUUUACACAACGAAAGCCGCAUUUCUAAAACACGGAAAACGCUCGCUAUGUUCACUUCUAAACGUCAAUUAGAUAAACCUCAAUUACCUUUCACUGACCAGAAUUAUCUCUCUGGUACUAGUUCACAAAUAUGCAGAACGUAUCCGCCGCCGUUGAAAAACUAUCGUUUGUCUGAAACAUCAAUCAAUAUGGUGCACAAAUCUACAUUUUCCACAAAGAAUAAUCUAUACUGUGCAAUUAUUGACCUGGCAAGUGCAACAAGUUUCGAAAUACUAUACCCGUUAAUGUACGAUUCGAAUGCUUUGUAUAUCUUGCCAAUAAAUCUCACUAGUUUACUGGAAAUUUUACAAAAUACACAUAACAAUGAAAGCCACACAGCUUCGAUUGAUUCUACUGAAUUACUGUCGAAGGACUGGUUACAAAAACAUAUAUUUCGGUACUUAGAAUCACUCUCUAGUCAUGGUAAAUACGUCUCUGUCGCUGUAAUUGGCCUUAUUGACGAUUCUAAGCUAGUGCUACCUAUGUUCCAUGCACAAACGCUACUCCGUGAGAUUCAGUCUCGAGUCAAUACCUUUUUGCUCGGUGCGAAUGUCAAUCAUUACUCUCGCUUUUUUCCAUUGCCAAUUGAUUUCAAAGAGAAAACUAUGUUAACAUCGUUUCUCCAACAAUUGGAGCGCAUUGCGCAACAACGGAAUGUUAGACAUCACAAGCAUAAACAACAGUUAAUUAAACAACGACUUGGCCUACAUCAACAACGUGCUUUAGUAAUGAACUAUGAAACUUGUUUCAGAUCUUUCCAAGAACGAAAUCUAACUUCGUCCAUUGCAACGGAUGCCAAUGAGGCGCAAGAAGAAAUAAAUCAGAUGUCAUUCGACGAGUGUUUAAACUAUCUAAAACUUACAGGAGAUAUUCUAUGUGUUGGCAAAACACCACAUUCGAUUCUUAUCCUUCAACCCGAUUAUCUCCUAAAUAAAAUCUUCGCUCAUACUCUCUUUCGACCAGAUCUCGAUUGUUGGUUAAACUAUCGAAAAAAUCCCAUCUUUCAAUUCUCUGGCUACUACUCAUCAGAAGAAUUAUUCGCAAAAGAUCGACAACGUCUCCGUACAAACGGAGAAUUCUCAUGGCGAUUACUAAAGAUUCUAUUCUACGAACUAACAGCAAACAAUAUCAAUGUUAACGAACUAAGUAUUAUUGAAUACUGCCGUUUGAUGGAACGGUUGCAACUUGGUUACUUGAUCGAAUCAAGUUAUAAUCGUAAGAAGUAA